CGCUCUGCAGCAACAAUGGCUACAAUCUGUCAGAUAUGGAGACCGGACCGAGGACGGUGCUUCAAAACCUACGCAAUUGUUCUCGUAUUGUGUAUGGAUCUGGUCUUACAGUGUGUCCACGGAUAUCUGAGCUCUCCUCAUACUGGUCAGGUUCUCCCCUACGCCAGAGAUGCCCAGCAUGGCCCUGUAAUCACUAGCCCAGUGGUCCCUGCUGCAGCCUCAGCCUCUCCUGCAGAUGAAGAGAGCUACACUUCGAGGUGCCCAAGUGGGGGUUUGUGCAGCCGCUUGCCAGCUGAUUGCAUUCACUGCAAUUUCCAACACAACUGCACAUAUGGGAAACCAGCAUCUUUCACCUGUAAACCCAAAAAAGGAGUUCACUGUAUAGGAGAGUCGGGACAGCAGCAAACCAACUUCUCUUUGUCUAUCAUAUGUCAGUUCUGCUGGCAGCUGGAUCCUUCGCAGUACCGCUGCUCAAACUCUACCAACUGUAUGACAGUGUCCUGCCCACGCAAGCGCUACAACGCCACCUGUGACGUCUUAGAUCAUGUACAUUGUUUAGGUAGAAGACGUUUUCAGAAACGUUUAUUUUGCAACUGGACUGGAGGAUACAAAUGGUCAACAGCACUAGCACUCAGCAUUACGCUCGGUGGUUUUGGGGCAGAUCGCUUUUAUCUGGGCCAGUGGAGAGAGGGUCUGGGCAAGCUGUUCAGUUUUGGAGGACUGGGCAUUUGGACUUUGAUAGAUGUUCUUUUGAUAGGCGUUGGUUACGUGGGACCUGCUGAUGGUUCGCUCUACAUCUGAAACAAAGCUCUGGAGACAUGGCUGGAUGGUUUGCACCCUGUUCCGCUUCACUCUCGAGGACUGAAGAUCCGAGAUGCCAUGUUCUUAGCACGUUCGCUCGUCCAAGCUUGCUGUGCAACACAUCCCCAUCCCAUCUGCUAACAAGCAGGAAGUGUUUUCCUCAUCACACCAAGGAUGACUCUACCCACACAACCAUCAGAUCAAUCCCAAUCAUUCUGCGUCCGUCUCCUGUUGAGAUUCUGCAGAUGGAGCUGUGCAGGGGGAUGAGAAGCCAGUAAUUAUGUCUAUUUGUUCGGUUUGACUUAACUGACUGGCUGUGUCAUGCUGAUAUAUAGAUAUGUUUGGUUUCCUGUGGAGCUGUGCUUUCACAGACAUCCUGUCACCUAGGAGCCAUGUGUUGACCUCUCUUUUGGCAAUGUAAAUGCAUCGAUGGGCGUCAAAUGGUAACCAUGGCUACAGAGCUUUUAUGGUAGCACCAGACAAAAGACAAGCUGUAAGAUAAUAUUUAUUUGCUGAUAGAAAGUGAGAAUAUACAGAAGGAAAUAUAUGUUCAGGUGUUUUAACAGGCAGCAGAUAAAUGUACCUGUAGAUGAAUACAACAGUUACUUUGCAUGUACAUGUUUUUCUUACAUUGUGAGGCUACAACUGUAAGAGCAUUGCCCCAAAGGCAAGAUAUAAUAAUACCCUGGCCUUUCAAAAGCUCAUAUCAAAUGUUGACAAGUUUGAGAUUAUUUUUAAAGUUCAUAUGGUGUAUAAGUAAAUGCACGAGAGGCACUACAGGUUUAAAUAGCAACUGGAACUGGUAAAGAACCUGAAGCGGGCACAGGUGCAAAAACUAUAAUUGCUGUCAUCAUUUACUGCAACCUUUAGAUAACAAUCUCUAAGAGUGUGUGUUUUUGUACAUGUUCUGACACAAAUAUGUUGCACUAGCAAACCACAGUGAGUUUAGGUUUUUCUGUGUUGGAGAUAUUUGAGAUAUUUUUCCCCGAAAAAACACAUAUCAUUCUUCACAUUGCAUCUGUGUACUAACACUGUAGGAUCUUUUCUUAAGACCGUGUGGCAUAAAUGGUUCACCUCUCAGUUCAUGUCAAUUCUGUGGUUGAUGCCAGGUUCUGUUGUAACACUGUAAAUGACAUGUUUUUUUAAGUUAUGUAAAUAAAAAUUGUAAAAUAUUCUGUUUAUCUGAUUGUGUUUCUAGUAGUAACAAAUUGUCAGUCAGUGUAUGAAAACCGUGACUAAUGUUUUUAUUUACUAUGGUGAAUCACGCAGAUCCUGCACACAUGAUCAGGUUUUAUAGUAAAACUAGUGAAAUUCGAAGGCAAAACGAAAAGCUGACCAAGUAUUUACU